UACAAAUAUAAGUUGGCGGCGAAUAUACAGUAAAGAACUACAAAUCAAAAAUCUGUCGAGCAAACGAAUUGCAAAAAUAAGGGAGCCCUACGAAUUUCAACUAAAUCAUAAUCAAAAUGGCAACAGAUGCAGCUGACAAGGAUAAGCCGGCGUACUCGUUCUUCUUUGGUUCGAUGGGAGCUGCCUCGGCCAUCAUCUUUUCGGCCUUGGGAGCGGCAUAUGGAACGGCCAAGUCGGGCACUGGCAUUGCAGCCAUGGCCGUAAUGCGACCCGAAUUGAUCAUGAAGUCGAUUAUUCCGGUGGUGAUGGCUGGCAUCAUUGCGAUCUAUGGCCUGGUGGUCUCCGUUCUGAUUGCCGGAUCUCUGUCGGAUUCGUAUACCAUUCGCAAGGGAUACAUCCACCUGGCCGCCGGACUAUCGGUGGGUUUCGCCGGAUUGGCGGCUGGAUUUGCCAUCGGGAUUGUGGGUGAUGCCGGAGUGCGGGGCACUGCCCAGCAGCCACGCCUCUUUGUGGGCAUGAUCCUGAUCCUGAUCUUCGCCGAGGUACUGGGUCUCUAUGGACUGAUUGUCGCCAUUUACCUAUACACCAAGUAAACUGCUAAUUUUUUCAGACUAAAUAAUGUUUUAGCCCUCUUAAAUGGGCAA